AUGACCCCAGUCUCACUCAUCCUCACCCUUAGCCGCGCUGCGAACGAGGGAAGAGCCGCUGCCGCCACUAGCUGCAUGGGAUGUAGCUGUUCGCUAGCUGGCGGAGAGCUGAAGGGAGCGCAAAGUUGCAUCUCCAUGGAGAACGGCGAACCGCGAAAGAUGGGCAUCGAGGUUGCCCAGUCAUACUGGAUAGAUGGAAAUUCCAGCGUUCUCGCUCUAUGCCGAGGUAUUCCUGAUGAGAAGCGGCAACAUGGGAAUCUGAAAUUUCAGCCUUGA